CGGAGCAGAGUCUGUAACAUCUGGCUAUGUGUCUAUGAAGAGUGACCGGUCUAAAGAUGAUCCUCCAGACUUCAGUAAUGAACCUGGACCCUCAGACACAAAAGAGAGGAAGAGGAGUGGUGUUUCUGUGGAGGAGCAGUCUGCUUCAUCAGGAGACUCCUCCUGUCCCCAGUGUGCAGAAGGAUCCAGAACCAGACCUGGACUGCAGACAGACAGUCAGACCAGCACUGUACAAACAGAAAGUGGUCUGCAGGAGGUUUUAGAUGAACAUCACAUCAGUCUGAGCAGCACAUGUGAAUGUGUGACUCAAGGAACUGAUGAAGCAGGAACUAAAACCUUCCUCAUCAGCAUCUUCACUGAGGUCCACAUCACAGAGGGACAGAGUGAAGAGGUUAAUACCCAACAUGAGGUGAGGCAGCUUGAAACAGCUUCCAAGAUGAAGACCCUCCAUGACGCUCCAAUCAAGUGUCAGGACAUCUUUAAAGUCUUACCUGACCAACAGAAACACAUCAGAGUGGUUCUGAUGAACGGCGUCGCUGGCGUUGGAAAAACCUUCUCAGUGCUGAAGUUCACUCUGGACUGGGCACAGCGCUCCAACAACCAAGAUAUCAGUCUGCUGAUUCUGUUCUCGUUCAGGUCGCUGAACUUGAUCAAAGAUGAGCAGUACAGUCUGCUCAUGCUGAUCCAUGUUUUCUAUCCAACAUUACAGAAGCUCACAGCAGAGAAGCUCGCUGUCUGUAAAGUUCUGUUCAUCUUUGACGGCCUGGAUGAAAGCAGACUUUCACUGGAUUUCAACAACGGUGAGGUCGUGUCUGAUGUCACACAGAAGUCAUCAGUCAGCGUGCUGUUGACAAACCUCAUCAAGGGGAAGCUGCUUCCCUCGGCUCUCGUCUGGAUAACUUCCCGACCUGCAGCAGCCAAUCAGAUCCCUCCUUCAUGUGUGGACAGGCUAACAGAAGUACGAGGCUUCACUGACACCCAGAAGGAGGAGUACUUCAGGAGGAGAUUCAGUGAUGAAGAGCAGUCCAGCACAAUCAUCUCCCACAUCAAGACAUCCAGGAGCCUCCACAUCAUGUGUUACAUCCCAGUCUUCUGCUGGAUCACUGCUACAGUUCUGGACCACAUGUUGACUCCAGACCAGAGAGGAGAGCUGCCCAAGACCCUGACUGACAUGUACUCACACUUCCUGCUGGUUCAGACAAAGAGGAAGAAGAACAAGUAUGAUGAAGGACAUGAGACGAGUCCACAGGAGCUGACGGAGGCUGACAGGAGCCUUCUUCUGAAGCUGGGGAGGCUGGCGUUUGAACAACUGGAGAAAGGAAACAUCAUGUUCUACCAAGAAGACCUGGAGCAGUGUGGUCUUGAUGUCACAGAGGCCUCGGUGUUAUCAGGAGUUUGUACAGAGAUCUUCAAAACAGAGAGUGUGAUCUUCCAGAAAACAGUCUACAGCUUUGUUCAUCUGAGCGUUCAGGAGUUUCUGGCUGCAGUCUACAUGUACCACUGUUACACCAGCAGGAAGACAGAGGUACUGGAGGACUUCCUGGGAAGAGAAGAAGAUGAUGAAGAUUACUCAUCUCUGGAUGUGUUCCUGAAGGGAGCCAUGGAGAAAUCUCUCUACAGUGAAAAUGGCCACCUGGACCUGUUUGUCCGCUUCCUUCAUGGCCUCUCUCUGGAGUCCAACCAGAGUCUCUUAGGAGGCCUGCUGGGUCAGACAGACAACAGUCCAGAAACCAUCCAGAGAGUCAUCAACAACCUGAAGGAGAUGAACAGUCGGUCUAUCUCUCCUGACAGAAGCAUCAAAAUCUUCCACUGUCUGAUGGAGAUGAACGACCGCUCAGUACAUCAGGAGAUCCAAGAGUUCCUGAAGUCAGAGAACAGAUCAAAGAAGGAACUCUCUGUGUUCGACUGCUCAGCUCUGGCCUACAUGCUGCAGAUGUCAGAGGAGGUUCUGGAUGAGUUGGACCUGGAGAAGUACAACACAUCACGGGAGGGACGACAGAGACUGAUCCCAGCUGUGAGGAACUGCAGAAAGGCUCGACUUACUGCCUUUGAACUCUCAGACACUGAAUGUGAAGUUGUGACCUCAGCUGUGAAGUCCAACCCUCAUUUGACAGAGCUGCACCUGAAUCUCUUCAAACUGUCUGAUUCAUCAGAGAAGCUUCUGUCUGCUGUACAGGAGAGUCCACACUGUAGACUGAGUCUGAUACUUUCUAACUGUGGACUCUCAGAGACUCACUGUGAAGUUUUGGCCUCAGCUCUGAAGUCCAACCCUCAUCUGACACAUCUGGACCUGAGUCACAACAAACUGUCUGAUUCAUCAGUGAAGCUUCUGUCUGCUGGACUGGAGAGUCCAGACUGUGGACUGAAGACUCUGAUACUUUCUAACUGUGGACUCUCAGAGACUCACUGUGAAGUUUUGGCCUCAGCUCUGAAGUCCAACCCUCAUCUGACACAUCUGGACCUGAGUCACAACAAACUGUCUGAUUCAUCAGUGAAGCUUCUGUCUGCUGGACUGGAGAGUCCAGACUGUGGACUGAAGACUCUGAUACUUUCUGCCUGUGGACUCUCAGAGACUCACUGUGAAGUUUUGGCCUCAGCUCUGAAGUCCAACCCUCAUCUGACACAUCUGGACCUGGGUCACAACAAACUGUCUGAUUCAUCAGUGAAGCUUCUGUCUGCUGGACUGGAGAGUCCAGACUGUGGACUGAAGACUCUGAUACUUUCUAACUGUGGACUCUCAGAGACUCACUGUGAAGUUUUGGCCUCAGCUCUGAAGUCCAACCCUCAUCUGACACAUCUGGACCUGAGUAACAACAAACUGUCUGAUUCAUCAGUGAAGCUUCUGUCUGCUGGACUGGAGAGUCCAGACUGUGGACUGAAGACUCUGAUACUUUCUUACUGUGAACUCUCAGAGACUCACUGUGAAGUUUUGGCCUCAGCUCUGAAGUCCAACCCUCAUCUGACACAUCUGGACCUGAGAGGAAACAUCCUGUCUGAUUCAUCAGUGAAGCGUCUGUCUGCUGGACUGGAGAGUCCAGACUGUGGACUGGAGACUCUGAGUUUCACUGAUUCUAAAGGUUCAGAUGUCACACUGACUGGAAACCAGAAGAAGAGAUCUUGUGUGGAGGAAGAGCACAAACCAGAGUCUCCAGUAUCCACCUGUGAGUCCAAACAUCAUCCUCCAGACGUCACUCAUGAAGCUGGAUCCUCAGACUUAAAGGUGGAGGACAGACGGGACAGCGCUACACCUGCCACACAUAAAGGACCUGAUCCGUCCACAUCCAGCACAAAGGAUCAGCUGGAUCCUGAUGAUCCAGAGAGGCUGAAACAGCAGCUUGAGUGCAGAGAGAAUGUGACUGGGACCAGUUACUGGCAGGACUUCACACCCAAAGUGCUGACUGAGUCUGCAAACAUUUCAUACAGGUUCAGCUGUCCUGGUCCAGGUGUGUUCAGGUGUACUUUGACCGGACUGGUGUUUGGUACGGUUCAGGAGGCGGAGCUACAGUACAGGACUGUCCAAUGGGACGAAAGCCUUCUACAACCAGCUGGCAAGACGGCUGCAGGGCCGCUGUUCAACAUCCACAGUCCUGACGGUGCUGUCAGUCAGCUCCGCCUGCCACACUGUGAAACCAUGGAUGCUCCGCUCCCUGAUGGUCUGCUGUCUGUCGUCCACAUCACUGAUGAUGGAAUGAGCAUCCUGGAGCCGCUGGAGAUUACAGACACUCAUGUGGUUGUGAACGUCCCUCACUUCUCUCUCCUGGGCCUCGUCUGGGACGUUGUUCAGAGGUUUAUUAACAUCAUACGACCAAUCAGCGGCCAGGUUCUGCUGUUCCUCCGACCUCCGGAUCGUGAUGAUCGAAUACUUGACGUAUUACUGCUGCCGAACAACAUUCCUAUGAGUGAGGUUGCCCCCCAACAAGGAACAGCUGAGAACAUUAAGAUCUCCUCCAAAUGUCCUCUCAGCUUUGAUCAAAGCUACAGUGUUCACUGUGAACCUGAAGCCUCCAUAAUCCAGCCUGAGGAUUCAACAUUUGAACCAAACUACGGACCAAAUUUCUACCCAACAUUUGAGGUUUUCCUCACUGCAAACCAAGAGAAAGUGACUCUGAUGGUCCAAGACCAAGAGAGGACACAGGUGUGGAAUCGGGUGGUGAAACUGACAGGUCCAAGAAGUGCCACAGUGGGGGAAAGCAGCACAGCACAGGAAUCUCCCAGCAGGGGGAACCAACCCAGCACAGGAAUCUCCCAGCAGGGGACAGACUCCCAGCAGAGGAAUCACCCAGCUGAGGACAUCGUCCCAGCAGAGAAGCUGCUGCUGAGGGUUCGGACACAGUUUGUUAACAGAGUGUCUGAAGCUAAUCUAAACCUGCUUCUGGAUAAACUUCUUGAGUUUGGUGUUAUAAAUGAUGGUGAAAUGGAGUCGGCCAGAACAGAAACGCGAGUGAACAGAGCUCGUAAAGUGAUCGACAUGGUGCGAAGAAAGGGAAGUGAAGCCAGCUCAGAUUUUAUUGUUGCCCUCCUUGAGGUGGAUCCAAAGCUUUCCAGACUGCUCAACUUAAGCUGAGUGUGAAGAUGAACCCUAUAACAGCUGACUGUUUUACUGUCUCAAGUUACCUAUUUUCAUCUUUAGCUUUCAUCUGAAGCUAAUAUGAAGCUUCAGUUUCCAAAUGAGUCAAAUCUUCAUCUUCUAUGUUUCAACGUUACAGUGUUUUUAGUACCAAAGUCUUUGUGUUACUAUGGUUACACCACAGCUCAACAGGGAAACACUAAGAGGGAAUUUGACGAUAAAAAGACUGUAAAUGUGUCAGAUAUCAUUGAUAUGACUAACUCAGACUGCUGAUGCUCAAUAGAAGCUGAUCAGAUACUUUAAAUGACUGUGUGGAAACACUGUGAUACAGUUCUCCAUCACUGAACACUGGAAACACAUUUAAAGAUCUUUUAAUAGUCAGUAUGAACAGGAGGAAUGAUUACAGAGAGCUUCAUGUGGACACCUGAUUGAUGGUUUAAGAUAGACUUGAACAAUUGUGAAACUAUUCUUCUUUAAUUUGUGUGUGAUUAUGAAGAUUAUACAGAGAAAUUAUUUAGUCCUAGUUUAAUAUUUUUCAUCAAAAGUUAAAUAAAGUUAAAAAAAACUGUUAAAUGGCUCCAGACUGUAAGAUUUUUUCAGAGGAGGCUGGAUAAAGGCUGAUUUUAAAAAAGAUACUGUUGGGGAAGUGUGUGUGUUUUUUAUGGCUUGAGGAGCAGUUCAGCUCUUUAAUCUCCAUGAAGAUGUUUUCAGGUUCAACUAAAUUUGUAAAAGCACAUUUUUCUCUAAAGGAGGUUGUUUCUGUGCUGCUGUAGUUUUGCUUUUUGCCAAAGUCUGAUUUUUAUAUGCUGAUAUAAAUAUAUGAUGAUAAUAGAUAGAUAAAAAGCUGAACAUGUGAUGAGAGCUCGCUGAUGUAUUCACCCUGUAAGAAACUUUUAUUUGAUGGGGGCAAUAAGAUAUCACAUCGGUCUCUUUUUUCUUUCUUCUUAUCUGUGAUAUAAUUCUUCUUGAACUCUUCAGCAGUUUAGUUUCAUCCUGUGUUGACAGAGAUGGUGACAACAUAUCAGUCUGCUAAUGUUCUUCAUAAAACCACAACAUACUAUAUUAUAUUUCUCUUAAAGCCAGAAUGAAUGUUUUCCAUGUCAGAAA